GCUCCUGGCUGACGCAGCAUCCGGGGACCUCCUCGCAGCCAAUGGGACGGCAGGUCGGCGCCGUGGUGCGGGACUAUAUAAAGUGGGGUUUCUGGGGUAAUGGGUGUUUCGCUGUCACCGGCCGCCCUCUGGAGAGCUGUGUGUGGGCUGAGGACAGCCUCGGGUGUGUGAAGCUGAACAGCACUAAGACUAGCACCUGCUGAGCGGUCAUCCAGACGUCCAACCUUUUCUCUUCUCUCACCUGUACACCGCCUUCCAUCUCUCUCUCUCUCUCUCUCUCUGAAUCCUCUAUCUUCAUCAUCCCUUGCUAUCCUCUCGUAAUCUUUCCACCUCUCUCCCGGGACCAUGGCUCCGACCCUGGCCACGGCCUUCGCCCGCCGCUGGUGGAUGGCGGUCACCGCCGUCAUCGAGAAUCUGCUGUUCUCCGCCGUGCUGCUGGGAUGGGGAUCGCUGCUCAUCAUGCUGAAGUCGGAGGGUUUCUACUCGUACCUGUGCAACGAGGAAGAAGGUAACGGCACUUCCUACAACCUCACCCUGCCGAUGGUCACGCCCGCCGCCGAUGACGAGUACGCCGACUACUACGAGUCUGAGAGCGGAGUGGUGGGCCUGGGCGACGGGGUGGAGAUUCGACCCCUGGUGCCCUUGGACGGCCCCUUGAGGAUGAACGGCUGGCUGAUCUGCAAAGAGCAGGACGAGAUGCUGAACCUGGCCUUCACCGUGGGCUCCUUCCUGCUGUCGGCCAUCACGCUGCCUCUGGGCAUCGUCAUGGACAAAUACGGGCCUCGCAAGCUUCGCCUGCUGGGCAGCACCUGUUUUGGAUUUUCCUGCCUGCUCAUGGGCGAGCCAAAGAAGAAGCGCAGAGACAAAAAGAUCCAGAAAGUGACCAACGCCUUGAGAGCGUUCAUCCUCACUAACCUCCUAUUGGUUGGAUUUGGAGUCACCUGCCUGGUGCCCAAUCUCCCCCUGCAGAUUGUGUCAUUCGUCCUGCACACCGUGGUCAGAGGGUUCAUCCAUUCUGCUGUCGGGGGACUUUAUGCUGCUGUGUACCCCUCCUCUCAGUUUGGCAGUCUAACAGGCAUGCAGUCGCUGGUCAGCGCUCUGUUCGCCCUCCUGCAGCAACCGCUGUUCAUGGCCAUGAUGGGACCCCUGAAGGGAGACCCUCUCUGGGUCAACGUGGGUCUGCUGGGUGUCAGCAUGCUGGGCUUCCUGCUGCCUCUCUACCUGGUCUGCUACAGACACUCGCUCUACAGACAGCAGCAGGAGAAGGAGAGCAACGCCAAGAUCUACAUCAAAAUCAACGGCUCAGAGAAGCCAGAGGCCUUCGUCUAGAGAGAGCGAGAGAAAAGAAGAAGAAAAAACAGAGACAAAAGCAGAGGACUUUUUUACAGGGCAUCGUCUGUACUCCAGUGAUGCACGCAUGCGCGCGCACACACACACA